AUGGAUGAAGAUCUAUUAACACAGUUUCCGAAUGAUAUACAAUCACUUUGCGAAAAGGGCCAAGAAUAUGUUACUUUUUAUAAUCUAGAGGAAGCUCUAGUUCACUAUAGACAAGCCUUAGAUCAUAUUGAAUCGAUAUCUACUCCUUGCGAUAAUAUUGAUCGACUUCGAUGUGAUAUCUAUCUUCAUAUUUGUUAUAUUUACACGUUAAAAAAUCAAUGGGAAACAGCUAAAUCAUACUACGAUAUAGGGAAAUAUCUAGCUGACAAACUGCAAGAUAAAAUCAGAAUAGCCCAUUAUUUAGAUAAGCAAGCUUUAAUUUUAAGAUGGCAAGGUGAUUUCGAUAAAGCGCUCGAAUGCUGUGGCAAAUCUCUGGAUAUAAAAAUAAACUACCUAGGUACAUACCUCCAUACAGAUGUUGCUCAUUCCUAUCAUCAACUUGCACGUAUUUACGACGAUGGCGGCAAAUAUCAAGAAUCGCUGGCUAUGAUUCGAAAAGCACGAGAAAUCCGAUUGAAGGUAUUGGAUGAAAACCAUCCCGAUAUCGCAUACUCCUAUCAUACGGAAGGAAUUUUUUAUGUGCGGCAAGGCAAUUUUAAAAAGGCACUUUCUAUGCUAAAUAUUGCUCACAAAAUUCGAUUGCGCUUAUUCGGUAAUCGUCAUCUUCUUAUAGCGAAUUCACUUCAGAUAAUGGCAGUUUGUCGCUCAUAUCUUGGCCAGCAUAAAGUGGCUUUUACGAUGCUAAAUAAUGUAUUAUACAUUCGAUUAGCACUCCUUUCUAAAAAUCAUGCCCAUAUUGCGGACACUUAUGAGCAUAUGGGGGAUGUUGGUAGCAAUAAUGGGGACUAUCAACAGGCUAUUUCUAAAUAUAACUUGUCACUAGAUAUGAGACAUACAAUCUUUCCCCAAAAAAAUCAUUUUGCUAUUGCUCGAGCAUAUCGCAAAUUUGGAAAUGUCUAUGUCAAACAAGGCCAAUACAAUCUUGCCAGUGGUAUCCUUGAGAAAUCACUUCAAAUGCAACUAUCAACGCUUAAUCGCGAUCAUCCCGAAAUUGCAAAGACAUUAUUUGGUAUAGCAAAAAUAUAUAUAGAUCUAAACAGGUAUGAAGACGCUCUUUCGAUAUAUAAUAAAUCCAUGCAAAUUCGACCGUCAGCCGUCGAUUUCGAUUAUAGCUUUAUUGCUGAAUUAUAUAACGGCCAAGGGGUUAUCUAUAAGGAACAGGGCAAGUACGAUGAGGCACUUUCUAUGUUUCACAAGACAAUUAAAGCUAUCCUACCGGCUUUAGGCGAGAAUCAUCCCUACGUUAAGAUGACUAGAAAUCAUGUCGCAACAACUCGUCAGCAGCAACAAGCACAUUAUUAUCAAAGUACAACACUAGCUGAAAGAUAUUUCGACGAUUUGGUUAGAUGGUUUGGAGUGUUUACAGGCACCGAUGCUAACAAUCUUACAACGUUAACAAAUAGGAAUAGUAACGGUAGCAAUCCUGAUAGUGAUAUUAUUCGACACACAGAAGAUGAAGUUUUAGGAGAAAAGAAAUAUUAUAAUCUAUACAAUAAAGCCUUGAAUAAUUGCUACUGCUUUAAUGAUUUGAUACAUGGUAAGUUUAUUGGCCCACCUAGUAUUGGCAAAUCAUCUAUUGCGAAAGUGUUUACUCAACAAGAAUCAAACAAGAAUAAACCUCCAGAUAAAGUUGUUAAUCAUUCUGAUGGCAUAUUGAAAACUGAAUUCAAUCAAUUUUAUUGUCUUCAAAAUUCAAAGACAUAUAAUUUUACUGAGGUGUUAGAUGAUAAAAUCAAGACCGCUAUAAGAGAAUUUUCCGUAGCAGAGCUAGAAAGUCAACAAAAUAACGACAUGCAAAAAUCAAAUAAAAGUCAACAAGAUCAGCUAACAAUGGCAGAUAAUCUAUCUUUAACCAUUGUAAAGGAUGACGAUAAGCAGUCUUCUAUGAGUAGUGAUAAUAUAGCAGAUGCUUCUAAUAAGACUGAGUCUAAAUUUAGUUUUGCAGAAUCUUAUGCGCCUAGAAUAAACGAAAAUAAAGACAAAUUUGAAGAUAAUCAAUAUGUGAAAGUAUGGGAUUUCAGUGAUCCAGCUAUUUACCACGUUUGUCAAUAUCUAUUUAGGUCUUCCAAUAGUAUUUAUUUUCUUGUAUUUAGUAUUGAGCAAGGUGUCAAAGAUCUAGUUAAGACAAGAGAAGGGCAAUUACUCAAUAUGACCUAUUCGCAAGCUAUUCAAGAAUUGCUGGUAUCAAUAAUAUGUUACCACAGCAGUCGAAACCAAGUUUACGUUAAUAUUGAUGACAGGGAUGCAGAAUUUUCCUUACCUAUCAUUAUUCUGGUAGCUUCUCACAGUGAUUGUACAACAGAAGUGAAGAACGAAAUCGUCGAUAUGAUGAGUAUGUCGAUGAAUUGA